AUUGACCAUAAUGCAUCAUUCUUAGCGCAAGCGCCUGUGAAGUCUAACUAAUAGGGAGGUUUCGCGUAAUAAAGAUGGCGGGUGCUUCUGAUCCUCUGGAAGAUAUGCUCUUCUGCGAGGUGGAUGAAAAAGCUGUCAGUGACUUGGUUGGCUCUUUGGAGUCGCAGUUAGCGGGCCAGGGCAUCCAUGCAGGCCAGCAGGUCGAAACCAGGACCCUAGGGAUAACUUCUUAUACUGUAGCAGGAGUUACACCUGCCCAAAUUGGCACCAGACUUCUACAUCAACAAGGGCAACAUAAAGCUGUGGGACUUACUCUAGAGUCUAGUUCAAAAGCACCAAGUUCCGAGAAAAGUGCCACACCGACAUAUAUUAACUCCAUUCCUUCUCUUGACGGAGCUUCUAUCACAUCAGGGAACAGUGCAAAUGUAAAUAGUAGUAACUUGCAAUCACAUGGAGCAUCCUGUAUCACAGCAACACAGAGUUCACCCGCUCUGGUUACUUUACCAUCUGUUCUUAGUAUAAACACUAUCAACAGGAGGCCGUCCGUAGGGUCAGCAAGCCGAACAGCUGCAGAUCCUGUGAAAACUGUAGCUUCAAACGUUAGGACCGUUUCUUCUGAACUUCAGUUUGUAAAUGCUGCUAAUGGAGCAGUGUCAAAUUCCAGUGCCGUUAGUUUCUCGGCAGGAACCGGGACAGUUCCUUUAGUAAAUAACCUUUUGAAUCCUAGUUCCGAGUCAACUUAUACUGUGACUUCCAACACGGCUGUGAUUUCCAGUGCCAUUAACACUAUUUUUAGUAAAAAUAAAACUGUGUUUUCGGCACCUCGACCACCUGUGACCCCUGAUGGUGCCAUUACUCCGACAAUAACUCUCCAGAGACCGCCUGCGAACUUUACUAAUGUUGCACAAAAUGGCAAUGGCACUUUCAAUACUCAAAAUUUAAUAUAUUCUGGUGCCAGGACUGGUGCCACAGCAGCAAUAACACAGCUAGUUAAUCAUCAAAGUACAACCGUUGCUACCCCUAAAGCAGACUGCAUUACACAAUCGAAACUAAUUGUACAAAAUCAGUUAACUACAGCAAAUGCACUGACUAAAACUUUCACUUCAGGUAAUGUCAUUAACACCACUAAUCCGUUGCAAACGUCUGUAUCAAUAGCAAGUACUCUUUCAACACUAAGUAGUCCCAUCUGUCAGACUGCCACUGCAAAACCAGUAAUAAACAUUGCGGGACAGUCCUCCUGUUCAGCUUCGGGGACCACAAAAACUCAACCAGCCAUGCACUGUGUGUCACCUCGACCAGGGAUAAGUACACCUUCACGUAUGGUUGCUUCUCAGCUAGUUGUCAGGCCUUCACAAACUACAUUUCAUUUACCGCCAGGCUUUACUAUUCCACCAGGUUUUGUCCUUGUACGUACAGAUACUGGACAGUUAGUUAUGGUACCUCAACAGGCUUUAGCAUCGGCCCAGGCACAAGUUCAUGCUCAGAGCAGUACUUUACCACAUCCUGCUGCCCCAGUCAGUAGGCCAGCAUUUUGCUUGUCUGCACCUACAACACAGAGUCAAGUGAAUUCUAAUAUUUCCAGCUUAGAAAAUGAAGGAUCUGAUAGUUUUUAUUCAUGUUAUGAAGAGAUGAAAGAAGCUGCUGUUAAUGAUGAUAGUAUAAAUGCUUAUUGCACAAUAGAUGCAGCUGAUGUUCCAAUGUUAAGUAAGUUCAUUCCUCCCUUUGAAAAUGAACAUGUGGCCCACUUUAGUUCUAUGAUCAAUUUUGGUGGGGAAAAUAUUUGUGAGAAUGUUUUGAGAAACAAGGUAGCUGCUUCUGCUGCUAAUGCUCAUGCCUUAUACACAACUUCACAAGCUGCUACUCCACAGCCCCCUUCAAAUGCAUUUCCAGGAGGUCAACCCCAGACCCCACCCCAACCCCAGCAAUCACAGCCUGUAACACAGAUAGCUACACAACCUCAGGCCACCGCUAGGUCUUCUGUACCUGGAAUUACUGUUUUAUCACAGCAGUUUCCAGUGACGUUUUAUUCUUUCACCUUUGGACUUUUGUUACGAUUCACUGGAAUUUGGCUAAGUGACGACCUUUUUGUUUCUGUUAUUUCCAUUGGAUUUUUGGGGUCUAUUGUUACGAUGCAUGCUGUGGAGAGAACAAUAUCGGAUAUAGCGGUUGAACAGGGUACCGCUGAUGUUACAACAGGAGGUUGGUGUUUAAAUAGACUUACUUCCAUGCCCAAUCCUUUGUUAAAGUUGGGCUUUGGCGUUAAGCAAGUGGAACCGACUGGUAUUUCGACUCCCAUGGCUAUGGAAAAAACAUUUGAUGACCAACUUAGAGAUUUUAGUUAUAAGGUUACCCGUUUGCAACGUUUGCAGUGGCAGACUUUCCACCUUGAAGCCUGCCUGGAAUAUGGGAUUGUACCCCGAGGGAUGCGCGUGCUUUGCAUGCCGUCCCAAGGGGACAGAUAUCCGGAAUUAUUGGCCAGGUGGCAGACUAUUAAUAUCAAUACAAGUUUCAUGUAUAUGGAACUGUUGAACAACUUUUUUGCCAAAGAAAUUGGGACUUUGAAGGAAGAUAUUGUGCCGCUACAGAGUAGGCUGGUUAAUGACUUCAAUGAAACGUGGUGUAAAAAGAAACUCAGUGCGAUAUUCCAAGAAUUUACUGAUAAUGAUAGCAAGUUAAGAGCACAAAAAUUAAGUAAACUCAAAAGGGACUAUGAAGACUUUUCCAAGGGAAAUAUUUUUCUUUGGAAUAGGCCCAAGAGUACACCUAUGGUGGAUGCGGCUAGAGGUACCAAUAGAAAAGAGACACGUCACAAGACGAAGGGAGGGCAGUUAGAACGCCCAGUUACGGCGGUUAACAACAUGGCGCCGAAUGCUGAUUUAGUAGAAGUCAGCACUGUGGCCUCCGUUUCGACUGUAUCUAAUAGAUCUACGGAAAUUUCGAGCCGUGUUGCUUUUGUCAAUACCGAUUUUGACAUCACCCCUGAUGUUGAUACUGGGUGUUCUGUUGAGGUUUUGGGUGAAACAUCCACUUCCGGACCACCUGUUGGUGAAGAGAUGAGGGCAGGCAAUGGACAUGAUGAACUGGAUAGAGGCUCUCGAGAAGGAGCCAGAUCUAAGUACAUUUCUUUUUUCUUACAGGAUAUGCAAGAAAAUGUGAAAAAAUGCAAGAAUUUCUUGGCUACUCUGAUCAAACUGGCUUCUCAUAACUGUCCGUCACCAGAAACACCCCGAAAUGUGAAGUCCUUGGUUCAAGAUUUGUUGGAUGCAAAGAUUGAUCCAGAAGAAUUUACUAGCCGUCUUCAAACAGAGCUUAAAUCUGCCCCGCAGCCGUAUUUGGUUCCUUUUCUUAAGAAAAGUUUACCAGCCCUGAGACAGUAUUUGUUGAAUAGUCAGCAGUCCUUCACGCAAGGACAGCAGCAUUCAUCCCAGCAGUCAUCCCGACAGCAACAAAGCAAGCUCUCUCAUAUAAUACCUCAGUCUGUCUCUGGAAGCCUUCCUGCACUUUUAAGUACACAAGUAAAGCACGCUAAUAGCACCAGCAUGAGGACAGUGAUUUCAAGUACUUUACAAAAUGCACAGAAUAACGCAGCACCUUCACAAACAAGUUCACAACUGCAGCAGAUUAUCCAGUCUUCAUCACCUCAGUGCAUGAAACUUCAACCUUCUGGCCAGACAUCGCAAGUUAGAAUGCCUUUGGUAAUUUCUCAUAACACCACAUCCCCAGGCACAGUGUUGAAGGCACCAACAGUACAGUCCAAUAAGUGUCUUGGACCCUUUGGUAUACAGGUCUUCGCGAAUCAGACUAACAAGGUGAAUGACCCUGGAGGUGGUUCUUUGAGAGGUAAUGAUAACAUCAGUGAUGUCACUUCCAUUGUUGGAGCUAAUCUUAAGGAAGAAAAUGCAAAACUGUUGGCAACAAACUGUGAUCUGAUGAAAACUAAGGUACACUCAUGUGUGGAGUCAACCUUCCUUGCUGCAGGCCCUUUGCAUAAGCGUAUUAUCGAAGCUGGUGAGUGA